CCUGAAUUCCUCCCAACCUUCUCGCGUGCUUCUUCACUUGUGGCUUCAACGUGGUUGUGCUCAAGGUUCUCGACCAAUAGGAGCUCGGUAUCAAACGUGCUAGGACAUUCGCAGCCAGAAUGAGACGUUCCGCUUCCAUGAUGAUGCUCUCCGCAGCACCUACUGGCGUGCUGGGCCAGUAUUCGGUGAACACAUCUCCAACAACUACCGUCACUCCAUACUAUCCCGACGUAACCUCCACCCCGAUCGAAUCACCAUGCGAGACAGAAACGCCAGUCAACUCUCCUACCGUUAUUACGAAGAUCUACGGAGAAACAUACGAUACAACUACAAAGAUUCCAUUCGCCAGUAGUUUCGUUUGGCCCAAGCCUGCGAACUCAACCAGUCUGAGCUCUCUUGCUUCAGCACUGCCAACUUCAACAACAUCACAAUAUGAAGAGACACCUUGUGAGCCUAAAUCGACUGCUGAGCCUUACCCGGUCUCUUCGGUAUCUACGCAGCCCAAUCCCAUUCCGACUCCUUCAAGCGCAGCAUAUCCAUUGCCGCCCAGCUCGCUCGCCGAGCCCUAUCCUGCUCCAUCAUCCUCAGCUACCUACAUCAUCCCUUUUCCACUUCCAAGCUCAGAGACCAGCGCGGAUCCAGUCCCCUCGUCAACAGAAACUGUCGUCAUUCCAUUUCCGCCGGUACUCACAACGAGCUUAUAUCCUUCAGUCACGGUGACGAUCGUUGUCCCUCCGCCGGCUUCUUCUGUUCCAGGCUCAUAUCCUACACUGCCUACCUCGGAGACUAUCAUUGCUCCUCUCCCUUCUACGUCACUGCCAAUCAGCUACCCAGUGCCGUCGGGGUCGGAUACAGUGGUCGUCCCUGUACCUUCGAGUUCAGCUCCAGUCACAGAUUCAGUACCGCCUGUCUCGCAGACUGUUGUCCCUCCUCCCGCGAGCACCACUGCCGCCUCAUACCCCGUCGUAUCAAACUCAGAGACAGUUGUUGUUCCUGUGCCUACAUCUUCUUCGUUGGCAUCGAUUCCUCUCCCUGGAACGACUGAUACCGCCGCCGCCCCCACAUCUACUCUACCGGGAACUUCGUCUCUCCCAGCGCCUCCAGAAUCAACGGCAUCAUCAGCAGUCAUUCCAUCCUCCCAAGGAACGGCUACGACUCCUAUCCCUACAUCUGCUCCCACAUCCGCCGUCGUCACAGCAUCGUCUUCGGCUACUAGACCCGACGUCUCCAGCGCUCUCUCAUCUCUCAUAUCGAGCCUCUCCUCCGUCUUCUCCGAAGCCUCAAGUCUAGCCUCCGAGACCGCAUCAACAGACCUUCCUUCUACAGCGUCGACACCUGCAUCCGUCGUAUCAUCUUCAUCAUCGGUAGUGCCAACCAGCGUCACCGUGGCCGCCACAUCAGGAUCCACCUCCGGCACCUCAGCAACCCCAUCUUUCACGACAACCACAACCGCAGCCUCCACCUCCCCAACCUCAACCGAUGUCCCACCCGCCCCCAACGCCCCCGGCGCAGCCACAGGCCUGACCUCCACCCGCAACAAAGAGCGCGUAUGGUGGCUCGCCUUCCUCGUGCCGCUCCUCCUCGCCGCAUGAUGAGCUAGCUUCCUCGUCUCGCGGUACUGUAUUACGAUUACUGUAUUCCCACGAUUAUGUUUCACGUUCUUCAGACCUAUUUAAUGUGUUGGUCUUUAUUUCCUAUUUCUGUGUACCCUCCUGGGGUACGGCAUGUUGGCGAUUAUUUUGCGAUGGAUAUACCUUAGAUCAUCAUUUACCGGUGGCUUUAGAGCUACCGGCCAUAUUGGCGUUGUGUUCUUUUCGGCAUCAUGGUGUUUGGGUAUAGGCAUGGGCGAAUGAUGGGAAAUGAAUGUGUUGAUGGACAAUCUUGGAUGGACAAUGGAUAUAGUUGGACAAUGGGUAUGGAUGUUUACAUGGUAUAUGUAAUUGAUAGUCAGAUAGUGAUCGGAA